AUGGCGAGGAGCAAGGGCCACCUCUCGUUGCUGCUCCUGUCGGUGGUCGUGGCGUCCCUCGUCGCCGGCUCGUCGGCGGGUAUCUACCACAUCGUCGGCGCCGGCAAGGGCUGGCGGAUCGCACCCAACCGGACCUACUACGAGGAGUGGGCCCGCACCAGGAACAUCAGCAUCGGCGACAAGCUCAUGUUCCUCUACCGGAGCGGGGUGUACAACAUCGUGGAGGUGCCGAGCAAGGACCUGUUCGUGGGGUGCAGCAUGCGCAACAUCACCAACCGGUACCAGAACGGUCCAACCAUCAUCGAGCUCACCCAGCCCGGCCCGCGCUACUACUUCUGCGGCGUCGGCAAGCACUGCGAGGAGGGGCAGAAGCUCACCAUCAACGUCUCAGCCGUCGCGCAACAGUCGCGGGUCGACGACCUCGCCGCCAGCUCGUCCAGCGACGUCACGGCGGCGCGUCACCUGCUCAGCCUCGCCGCCUGCUUGCUGGCCUCUGCGUCGUCGAUGCUCAUGUAA